CCCCAUCACUGUCCACCUGGGUGGUCAUGGUCACCUGAAGGUUCCACCUGGCCAAAUCCCUAAGGAACAACGUGUCAAAUCCUCCAAGAUUUUCCCUUUCCCAGGAUACAACGAGAGCUCCAAGGAUGGAGACCUGAUGCUCCUCAAGCUGCAGGUGACGGCUCAGGUGGGGCCACAGGUGACGCCGCUGCCCUUGGCCACCACCUGCCCCGUCCCUGGCACCUCCUGCCAGAUCUCGGGCUGGGGAUCCAUCACCAGCCCCCAAGGUCAGCACACACCUGG